GCUCUGCUCUGGGGGCGGGACCAUCCGGGCUCUCGAAACCUCGCGGGGUUUGUUUGUUUUGCAAUCCGGUGGCUCCUCCCCCGGAGAGUCGUCACUGCUCCGCGUGAGCGCGUGCACUCCUGCCGUAACGUGGUCACCUCGGAGUGUUAGGUUGCUCUCUGAAAGCCACGCGCGCUGCUCUCCUCUGUCAGCCCUUAAAGGGCGUGGGGGCCAGGCAGGCACACUGUGCAGCGUUUGGCUCCGCCCUGGCGCUCGCCGCAGCCCCUGCUCCCCUCGAGACGCCCGGGGCAGGGGUCUGGGAGAGCCCUAAGUCUGGCUGCCUGAGUGGCGUCGGGAAGUGAGCUUCAGAAGUCUUUAAGCAAAGGCCGAAAUUUGGCAGGGGUGGAGUAUAAGCGAUUCCUGCACUGAUAGGUGUAAUACAUGAUCUUUAAAAGCCCCUUCUAGACCUGAAAAGUACAGGAGAGCUUAGCCGGAGAGCAUCAGACCCGGCCGGCACAACCUCGGUGGAAACGAAAACCCGGGAGGGAGCCUUUUUCCUCCCUCUGUGGCAUUGCCGCUGUAGGGAAAGCUGCGGAAGCUUCGCCCAACUCUCCGCCACUCCUAGUUCUCACGCUCGAUUUCUAUCCGCUGGGGCGCACUGCGCCCACGCCCCCUCGGCUGCAAAGACGGGUUGGGUUCUGAGACAACGUGAUGAUAGCACGCUUCCUCAUCAGAUGCACAUAAAAAAAAAAAAAAUCGCCACAUAAAUCCCUGUAGAAAGGUUAGUUCGGGCCUCUAAGCCUCAAGAGUAGAGGCAAGAUUCGUCUCCUUGAGGACCUGGAGGGCGAUUCCAUUUCCAGAAACUUGCCGGUGGUGAAGUAUAUAUAUCGGUUGCAAUUUAAAAAGACGGCCAGUUGGCGCUUUAAGGAGAUCGCUUUGGCCUGAGAACAGGGAGCCAGGUAUCGGAGCUACUGGGGAGCCAUGGAAGCAACCGAGAAAGAGGAAAUCAGUGUUGAAGAUGAAGCUGUGGAUAAAAACAUUUUCAAAGAGUGCAGCAAUAUUGCUUUCUACAGGCGUCAGAAACAAUGGCUCUCCAAGAAGUCCCCCUAUCGGGCGUCGCUAGACUCAGUCACAACAGGCAAAGACAGCACCAGCUUCCAAAUCAUCGAUGAAGCAACUAAGAUUCCCCUCCUGGCUGAAGUUUAUGGUCUGGAGGGAAACAUUUUCAGACUUAAGAUCAAUGAAGAGUCUCCCCUGAAGCCCAGGUAUGAAGUUCCCAGUGUCCUCACAAGCAAGCCAAGCUUUGUAAGGUUGAUUUCAUGCUCAGGGGAUAAAGGCAGUCUGGUGUUGGCAGAUGGGAAAGGAGACCUGAAGUUUCAUGUCACUGCAGACCCAUUCAGGGUAGACUUGGUGUCUGAAGAAGACAUUGUGAUGAGCAUAAACUCCCUGGGUCAAUUAUACUUUGAGCAUUUACAGAUUCCUCCCAAACAAAGAGCUACCAAAGAAAAUGAGGAUAGUGCAUCAGUUGACACCUCUCAGCAGGAAAAUCAAGAUGAUAUGGGCCUGUGGGAGGAGAAAUUUGGAAACUUCAUCGAUAUCAAAGCUAAUGGUCCUGCCUCCAUUGGUUUGGAUUUCUCCUUGCACGGAUUCGAGCAUCUUUAUGGGAUUCCCCAACACGCAGAAUCACACCAACUGAAGAAUACUGGUGAUGGCGAUGCUUACCGUCUUUAUAACCUGGAUGUCUAUGGAUAUAAGAUACACGACAAAAUGGGUAUUUAUGGCUCAGUGCCUUAUCUCCUGGCCCACAAACUGGGCAGAACUGUAGGCAUUUUCUGGCUGAAUGCCUCAGAAACACUUGUGGAGGUCAAUACAGAGCCUAGAGUAGAGUACACACUGACCCAGAUGGGCUCAGUUGCAGCUAAACAAAAGGUCAGAUCUCGAACUGAUGUGCACUGGAUGUCGGAGAGUGGAAUCAUUGAUGUCUUUCUGUUGAUGGGACCUACACCUUUUGACGUCUUCAAACAGUACUCACACCUUACAGGCACACAAGCCAUGCCCCCCCUCUUCUCCUUGGGGUACCAUCAGUGCCGCUGGAACUACGAGGAUGAGCAGGACGUAAAAGCAGUGGAUGCAGGAUUUGAUGAACAUGACAUUCCUUAUGACGUCAUGUGGCUGGACAUAGAGCACACUGACGGCAAGAGGUACUUCACCUGGGACAAGAAAAGAUUCCCAAACCCCAAAAGGAUGCAAGAGCUGCUCAGGAGCAAAAAACGCAAGCUUGUGGUCAUCAGUGACCCCCACAUCAAGGUUGACCCUGACUACUCAGUGUACGCUAAGGCCAAAGAACAGGGCUUCUUUGUGAAGGAUCAUGAAGGCGGAGACUUUGAAGGGGUAUGCUGGCCUGGUCUCUCCUCUUACCUGGAUUUCACCAAUCCCAAAGUCAGAGAGUGGUACUCUGGUCUUUUUGCUUUCCCUGUUUACCAGGGGUCUACUGACAUCCUCUUCAUAUGGAACGACAUGAAUGAGCCCUCUGUGUUCAGAGGGCCAGAGCUAACCAUGCAGAAGAAUGCCAUCCAUCAUGGCAAUUGGGAGCACAGAGAACUUCACAACAUCUAUGGUUUUUACCAGCAAAUGGCUACUGCAGAGGGACUGAUACAGCGGUCAAAAGGGAAGGAGAGACCCUUUGUUCUUACACGUUCUUUCUUCGCUGGGUCACAAAAGUAUGGUGCUGUGUGGACAGGGGACAACAAGUCAGACUGGAGUUACCUGAAAAUUUCCAUCCCCAUGUUACUCACUCUCAGCGUUACUGGGAUAUCUUUCUGUGGAGCUGAUGUAGGCGGGUUCGUCGGGAAUCCAGAGGCAGAGCUGCUGGUUCGUUGGUACCAGGCCGGAGCCUACCAGCCCUUCUUCCGUGGCCACGCCACCAUGAGUACCAAGCGGCGGGAACCCUGGCUCUUCGGGGAGGAACACACCCGGCUGAUCCGAGAAGCCAUCAGAGAGCGCUACGCCCUCCUGCCCUAUUGGUAUUCUCUGGUCUACCGUGCACACACGACUGCCGAGCCCAUCAUGAGGCCUCUGUGGGUAGAAUUCCCUAAUGAAUUAGAGACUUUUGGUACAGAAGAUGAAUACAUGCUGGGAAGUGCUUUAUUGGUUCAUCCGGUCACAGAACCAAAAGUCACUGUGGUUGAUGUGUUUCUGCCGGGAUCAGAUGAGGUCUGGUAUGACUCUAAGACAUUUGCCCAUUGGGAAGGAGCACGCACUGUGAAGAUCCCAGUAGCCUUGGACACUGUCCCAGUGUUUCAGCGAGGUGGAAGUGUGGUACCGGUAAAGGCAACAAUAGGAAAAUCCACAGGCUGGAUGACUGAGUCCCCCUAUGGACUCCGGGUAGCUCUAAGCUCUAAGGGUUCCGCAGUUGGGGAGUUGUAUCUUGACGAUGGACAUUCCUUCCAGUACUUCCACCAGAACCGGUACCUGCACAGGAGGUUUUCAUUCUGUUCAGGUGUUUUGAUCAACAGCUGUGCCGAUGAGAGGGGUCGUUAUCCCAGCGAGUGUGUGGUGGAGCAGAUCUUGAUCCUAGGCCUCAGGAAGCAGCCAUCUUCUGUGACCACCCACUCAUCUGAUGGGAAAGAUCAGCCUGUGGCUUUUACAUACAGUGCCAAAACGUCCUCGCUGAGCCUGGAGAAGCUCUUGCUGAAGGUCGGCGCUGACUGGGAGGUCCACAUCAGAUGACAAGGCAAUGCCUGGUGAUGAGCGCAGAGAGCGGCCUGCCCCUUUCAACCCUCUCCUUGGCCUUUCUUGAGAUUCGUACUGCACUCUAAUCAACUUCCCUGGCUCAGAACAAUCCUUCCUCAGUCACUGUGCAGUGCACUAAUGAGCCAUAGAUUUCAUAUUCUUCCAAUUUUACAUUUUUAGGUGCACUAAUAAAAACUUUUUGUGUCAAACACCACCUCUUCUGGACAGACAUAGCCCUGAGACAUUUACGGAGCUCACGAAUCUUCCAUUGCUUCCUGGGGUGUGGCUUGUUUUAUGUGGGAUGUGGGCCAAGGCUACCUAGUGUGACCCAUAUGGCGGACUUGCCCCAGGCCGUGCAGCAGAGUCCAUCUGGCUACAGCAGCUGCAUGGCUCCAAACCUGUCACCAAGUGGCCAGCAGCCCUCUAGGACCCCCCUCCCCACCACACCCAGUUAUGUUUCACUCACUUAGACGGGCAAGGUGCUCUUUCCAGCGUGUACCACGUACGCAGCAGCACGGGCUGUCAUUCUCCCCUGGAGCUUAACUCAGGAGCACAGAGCGCUCUUCCCUGCCCGCUGUCCAGGCUCAAAAGUACAGAUUAACCACAAAAAAAAAAAAAAAAAAAAUUUUUUUUUUGGUCUUCAUUGUUUUUGUUAAAUACUGUGUACUAGCCAAAGGGUGUUUAUAACAUGAGAACAGGAGCAAGCUGUAACAAACAAUGGUAACACAGAUACCCUGUCCUUACCGCCAGACUUCAGAACUGGAAUACAAGGCAGGGACAAGGGGAUGGAAGGAGAUAUUUGCCUUGUGAACAGAAUUUAAGGGGCGCCCAAAAAUGCAGUAAUCAAAAUAAAUAAUAUCAUUGCGAUAGUUUUAAAAAUCAAAACUAGUACAAAAAAAUCCAUGAUGAACGAAAUAUCAAAAUUUUAAAUAAAGACAAUCAAUAUUACCGAUUUUCCCUUUUGCCUCAGGCUCCAGUGUGGCUGGGCAUGGGGUAGACAUUACCACAUGCCAGGUUCAGUGUGUGGCUCCCUGCUGCCCACCCCAGCGUCUGUAAGGGCGGCCUCAUAUCCUCAGUACUGCUCCACGUGCACACGUUCUUGUCAGCCUUCCUCUUCCUCGCACUUCACCAGACCUCCUUCCACCUGUGCAGAUCUCCCCAGCCUUCCGGGCCCAACUCAAAGCCAUAAAGCCUUCCUAAUUAUCCUAACACCCCCACACCCCACUGCCAGUGAUGUUGCCCUUCUCUGAAAUCCUGCCCCACUUACAGUGCGUGCUCUGAUGCUUAGCAUUGUCGGGGAUAUUCCUUUAAUGUUUCACGUAUGUUGUCUUGUUUCCAGGCUAGAUCGUGUGCUCCUUAAGAGCACGUUAGAUUUGUCUUGCAUCCACCAGCGCACCACUAUUUGGCUCUCAGUAAUUAUUGACUGUGAGUAAUUAACUGAUGGAUCUGAUUGUUUAAAAAGUGAGAAUUGAGUGGAUUGUUUCUGAUUUGCUUUUUUGACAUAGGACUCUUCCUUCCAAUCACGGUAAACAUGCAUUUCCCCAUGGACGUAUUUCAUUCUAUCAGUUGAGAUAUUUGAGCUUUGCACCAAAUAUAAGCUCACAUGGACACAUGGAUUUUUUGCUCCUAUUUCUGUAAGUUUUGCAAUUAAGGAGAAAGGAAGCUCCCAAAAAGCGGAAGUCUUGUUUCCCAGAUUCAAAUUUCCCUUGCCAAUAUAAAAUAUGACUUAGCCUGAAAACUGACUGCCCUUACCUAAUAUAAAUGAUGGUUUUUAAUAGCAUAAAAACCUAUCAUUCAGAUCAACAUUUAUUGCGUGCCUAUCCUUCUGUUUAAAACAUUUUUGAAGCAAAACAAGAAUGAAUAGAGUAAGCGUGUGAGGAACUGCUCUGUAUUGACCAUGUCUACCAGGAACGUUUGACUGGAGACACUGAAUGAAGAGAAAUAGAGUCUGAGUGUUUUCAACCAUUCUCUGCUCUUGCUGCUUCUGACACCUCACCCUGUCCCCCUUCUGAAGCAGUACCAGGGUGUCAUGUGCAGCCGGCGUGCCUACAGCUGCUCAGUUAUCUUGUUGCAGCUAAUUCUUGGUAUGUUUCCUCAGGGAACUGGAUUUUCCAUGAGAAUACAGAAAGAAUCAGUUUAACAGGGAUUCGGAUAAAGCUGUAACGAGAAUGCAUAAUGACCCAGCAAUUCUACUUGGAGAUUAAGAUGCCAAAGAGCUGACAAACCACUUUAAAAACAAGAAAAUGGGCCAAGGCAAUCCACAAAAGAAAUUCAAACAGGCAAAGUAAGCAUAAGAAAAAAUGUUUCAGCCUCAUUGCCAAUCAAAGAAAUGAUUUUUUUUUUUUUUUUUGCCUGAUUGGCCAAGAUUGAAAAUAGUGCAAAUGCCCAGUCCCGAUGCUGGUAUGGGCACGUACGCACUCUGUGCGUUAUUGGUGGAAUUCUAAUAAGUACCAUCUUUUGGGAAAUUAGUUUGGCAAUAGUAUCAAAAAUUUUGAUUUGUAUACUCUGACCCAGCAAUUCUACUUCAGAUAAACCAGAUAAAUGCUCAGAGCUACUAAUUGCUAUGUGGUUUAUACUGUGGAAAUUUGGAAAUCAGCUAGAUGUCCUUUAACAAGGGAUUGGUUAAAUAAAUAUAGCACUUUCAAGUCAUGGAAUACUAUGCAACAAUUAAGACAAUUAUAUAUAUUAACAGAAAUAUGCUUUUGAUAAAAUGUUUAUUGAGUGAUCUUAGGUAAAAAUUACAGUAAAACAAGUCCAACCUGAAGGGCACCCUAUACUCUUCAAAACGUGAAGGUCCUGAAAACCCAGGCUGAGGAACUGCUUCAGACUGGAGGAGAAUAAGGAGAUAAGAUAACAACUGUGGGAUCCUGGGUUGGAUUCUGGACCCCUAAAGGCCAUUAAUGGGACAGUUAGCAAAAUUUGGAUGUGAUCUUCCAGUUUCAUGGUUAUUUUCCUAAUUUUGAGAGUUGUACUAUGUUUACAUAGAAGAAUUUCCUUGUUUUUUUUUUACUCUAAGUAUUAAGGGGUAAUGGGCCAUCAUAUCUGCAACUUGCUCACACAUGGUUCAGGAAAAAAACUGUGUGUGUGUGUGUGUGUAGAGAAAGAGAGAAGAGGCAAAAUGUGGUUAUUACUAGGUGCCAUUGAGUCAGCUCCAACUCAUAGCCACCCUAUGUACAACAGAAUGAAAAGCUGCCCAGCCCUGUGCCAUUCUCUCAGUUGUUGCCAUGUGUGAGCCCAUCGUUGCGGCCACUGUGUCAGGCCAUCUCAUUGAGGGGCUUCCUCUUUUUUGCUGACCUUCCACUUUACCAAGCACGAUGGCCUUUGCCAGGGACUGGUCCCCCCUGAUAACAUGUCUAAAGUACGAGAAACAGAUCUCACGAUCCUUGCUUCUAAGGAGCAUUCUGGCAGUACUUCUUCCAAGACUUGUUCAUUCUUCUGGCAGUCCAUGGUAUAUUCGGUUUUCUUUGCCAGUUCCAUAAUUCAAAGGCAUCAAUCUUUGGUCUUCCUUAUUCAUUGUCCAGCUUUCUCAUGCAUAUGACCCGAUUGAAAAUACUAUGGCUUAAGUCGGGCUCACUUUAGUCCUCAAAGUGACAGCUUUGCUUUUUAACACUUUAAAGAGGUCUUUUGCAGCCGAUUUGCUGAGAAGAGAGAGACAGAGACAGAGAGAGAAUAGGCAAAAUGUGGUGGAGUGUUACAAUUGAGAAAUCUGGGUGAAGGAUAUUCAGGAGCUCUUUAUAUUGUAUUUUUGACUUUUCUGUAAGUUGGAACUAUUUCAAAACAAAGUUUAAAAACAAAGGCGCUGGGCUAUAUCUUUCUAGUAUCUAGUAAAACGUCUGUUUUCUAUUGUAAAGGCUUAUAAACUGUGGCAUGUAAAACAGGAGUUAGAUGAAAUAAACGGAAUUAAUAGUUAACUCCAAGAAAAUAUUUUUAUCAGCUCUUCUUCCCUGCCCCAGGGAACACAAAUACCACACUCUGAGCAGCAGGCCAACAGCUCUGGCGCAACAGUACACACACUAUGGUACCACUCACUGUGUUGCUUCAUAGAGGUCUUGUCUGACCGCAGGAGCUGAGCAGAGAACCUGCAGGAGACUGUUGACACUAAGAAACAUAAUAGAUUUUGUGUUUAUAGCUAGCGUCUAUUUAGGGCAGAUGGCCAGUAGAGUAGCCAGGGAAAGUCCUUCAUGUACAUACAAGGCCAUUUUGGUCACCUUCCUUCUCUCAGGCCUAAGUCAUUUGUGGACAUGCAGACCCAAGC